AUGUUAUCUACUACUUAUCAGGCCCAUCCUGACAUACGCCACACCAAUCUGGUGGAAUACAAGUGCCGCAUGUUUGAACGAAAGUGUCUAAGAGCAUGCCUUGGAGCCUACAGGUCAGCAGCCUCCAACUACAAUAAAUUUAUCAGCAAUUCAACGCUAUACAAUCUAGCAGACAUCCCAAGAAUUGACAGCCACAUAAUCCGUUUAAUUAGAGACUAUUUCAGCAAGCUACCAUCAAUUGAAAAUUCUACGAUCAACAACCUGACCAAGUUCACAGCCGAAGACCUAAAAAAAAGAAAUGAAACAGGCAUGCUCCCACCGCAAGCGUUCCUUCCACUAGAUGAUAAAGGUCUCAUCCAAGACGAAGAUAAUGUACCAACUAUUUAUCAUUGCAAGAGACACAAAGCCCAUAAAAAGAUAGAAUAUGAUGCAGACGAUCCCAAAUUCAGAUGGGUCGACUUCACCUAUUCAAAAGCCAUGCCUACUAGAGACAAAAUGGAUGAUCAUAGACUAGAUGACAAAUAUUGGUGGCUCACCAGUGAAUCCAAACACCGCAAGGAGCUCAGAAGAAGAAUACACCCGAGUAGUGUAGUGUGA